AAGAUAUUUGGUUGUUAACAAGUCAGUGCAGUGUGAGAUACCAAUCGUUGAUCAUCUCUUGAUUUUUUACCAUUACCUUUAAAAUGUACAAGUUGGCCGUAAUUUUGGGAUUGGUGUCUGUAGUACUUGCGGCACCAGUUGAUCAACAAAAUACAUCUGAGAUACCAAUUGUUAGAGAAUCACACGAUGGACCCAACCCCGACGGUUCUUAUUCAUGGAGCUACGAAGCAGGAAACGGAAUUCAAGCCCAAGAGGAAGGUUCAUUGAGUGCGUCUGAAAACAACAAAGACGGAGCUCUGGUUGUCCGAGGGUCUUACAGCUACACUGGUGAAGAUGGUGUUCAAUACCAAGUGGUUUACGUCGCCGAUGAAAACGGUUUCCAACCCCAAGGUGCUCAUUUACCGACACCCCAUCCAAUCCCAGAAGAAAUUUUAAAAUCACUUGAAUACAAUGCCGCUCAUCCAGAAGAAAACAAUGUCAACGAACCCAAACAAUAAUUUUUUUAUCUGUCUAUGAUUUUUUAAUAAAACUUUAUUCUAUUCAAUUUA